AUAAUAAAACCACUGUAAUAACAAUUUUAAGCAAAUACUAGUCAACAAAAAAAAAUCUAAAACGAUUGUCAAACUUUAGUUAAUGCAAAAUUUGUAGGGCAACAAUACUCAUCAAUAAUAAUAAUAAUCUAGUAUCAAGUAUCCAACCAACGUGUGCAUCCCCCUUCUUUAACCCACUACUCUCCCAACUCUCAAGCUGCUCCUGCCCAAAGAUAGCCAAGCAAGCCCGCUCUCGACCUCCUCCUUCGCCAUGGGCGCCGCCUCCACGCCUCGCCACCAUCUCCCCCUCCCCAAGCGGAUCUUCGCCUAUGCCCUCUACGCCCUCCUCCCCCUCGCCGCCCUCCACUACCUCCUCCUCUCCCCUCCCCCUCCUCCCCUCGCCACCACCUCCACCUCCACCACGCCGCCGGUUGCGGCGGUGGCGGUGGCGAGGAAGGCGGCGCCGCGGUGCGACUACUCGGAGGGGGAGUGGGUGCGGAGCGCGUCGGCGCCGCGGUACAACGGGACGAGCUGCGGCUCGACGAUCAAGGGCGGGCAGAACUGCAUGGCGCACGGGCGGCCCGACACGGGGUACCUCCACUGGCGGUGGCGCCCGCGCGGCGGCGGCGGGUGCGCGCUGCCGCCGUUCGCGCCGGGGGAGUUCCUGGAGCUGGUGCGCGGGCGGCACGUCGCGUUCGUGGGAGACUCGCUGGCGCGGAACCAGUGCGAGUCGCUCGUCUGCCUCCUCGCCUCGGGGUUCCCCGCCGAGCUGGUGCGCGGCGGCAACGGCGGGGACGGUGGGGACGGGGACGAGGCGCGGAAGUUCCGGCGGUGGGUGUUCCCGUCGCACAACGCCACGGUUUCGGUGUUCUGGUCGCCGUUCCUGGUGAACGGCACGGAGAAGUCGUCGUCGUCGGCGGCGGCGGCGGGGGCGGGGGGGCUCGACCACAACCGGCUCUACCUGGACCAGCCCGACGAGCGGUGGGCGGGGGAGCUCGACGGCAUCGACGUGGUGGUCCUCUCCGCCGGCCACUGGUUCCUCCACCCGGCGAUGUACUACGAGCGCGGCGAGGUGAUCGGCUGCCACCACUGCCCGGAGCCGAACCGGACGGAGACGGGGUUCUUCGGCGUGUUCCGCCUCGCCGUCAAGAACGCCCUCCGCGAGGUCAUCACCCGCGCCGCCCGCUCCCCGUCGCAGCAGCAGAAGCUCGCCGUGGUGACGACGUUCUCGCCGGCGCACUUCGAGGGGGAGUGGGACGCGCGCGACGCGUGCGCGCGGUCGGAGCCGUACGCGCCGGGGGAGAAGGAGGUGGGGUACAUGGACCGGGAGAUGGGGCGCGCGGAGGCGGAGGAGGUGGCGGCGGCGGCGGCGGACGCGAGGGUGCGCGCCCCCGGUCGCGUGGAGGUGGAGGCGCUGGAGGUGACGGCGAUGGCGGCGCUGCGCGGCGACGGGCACCCGGGGCCGUACAUGAACGCGUUCCCGUUCGCCGGCGGCGAGAGGGCGCGGGUGCCCAACGACUGCGUGCACUGGUGCCUCCCGGGCCCCAUCGACACGUGGAACGAGAUCCUCCUCCAGCUCGUCAAACGAUGGAGAGACUCCUCGAAAUGACAAAAUUCGUCCAAACAAAAUUUUUUAAAAAAGAAAUAGUGAUUUUGCAGAUGAUUCUCAAAUUUCACCUAUGUUUUUUUCUCUAGUGCAGUUUUAUUAUUAGUAUUAUUAGUAUUGAUGUAACUUUAAUUAGAGUGUGUUUUAAGUAGUGUUUUACGGCUGUAAAAGGCCAGCUCCCAAAUUUUUAACCCCAGAGCAUGGGAUUUCUCCCGGAACCGGUGCCAUCAAAUGUGGAUCUCCGUAAGCUAAACGCUGACCUUUUGUCCCCAUGAUCAGCAUCAGCAGCCUACUAGUUAAUUAAUUAACGAAUUAAUCAAGCAAUUAAUGCUCUUACUCCCGUUUGGUGGCGAGUGGCAGCAACAGUCAUCAGUCACCACAGCAUCGCAGCGUCUCCGAGGUGCACUCACGUCCAGGGAUGGCAAAGGGUUGGGUGGGGCACGGGUAGAGCAAAACUAUACCCGAUCCCAUGCUCGUCGUCACCUGUCCGAACCCUACCUAAUAGGGUUAGCGGGUAAAACUCCGUGCCCGUACCCAUGCUCGACAGGCACGGAUAUGCCCGGCAGGUCCUAAUGGAUCUCACAUGAAUAAUACUCCCUCUAUUCCAUAAUAUAAGGCACAACCAUUUUUUUAGAUGUUCCAUAAUAUAAGGCAUAUAUGCAAACAUGCAAUUAACUAUGACAUCUUCUCCAUUAAAUUAUUACUUUUUU